AUGUUCGCCGAAAAGAAACACGAAGAGGGCCUCGCGCCGUCGCAGCCUGACCUCGACGUCGGCGAGGUCGCUCACGAUGCUGUCUUUGGAGAGAUCACUGAAGAUGGCCCUAACUACCGUAAUGUAUGCACCAUCGAAACGCGCCACAUUGUCACCGGGGAUGCUAACGUGGAACAGGUCGGAUGGAAGGGCACAGCGGUCCUGAUGAUGAAAACCCAAAUCGGUCUGGGGGUUCUCUCGAUCCCCGUGGCCUUCGAUGCUCUGGGCAUUGUGCCCGGCGUGAUCAUCUUGAUCACCAUUGCAGGCAUCACGACUUGGUCGGACUACAUUAUUGGUGUCUUCAAGCUUCGUCAUCGCGAGGUAUACUGUAUCGACGAUGUGGGCGAGUUGCUCGCCGGGAAGAUUGGACGGAUCGUACUCGGAGUCGCCUUCGUUCUCUGGUGGGUUUUCACUGCCGGCUCUGGCAUGCUGGGUAUCUCUAUCGGGUUGAACGCUGUCUCGACCCAUGCGACUUGCACCGCAGUGUAUGUCGCUGUCGCGGCGAUCGUCGCCUUCCUCUUUGGAAGCAUUCGGACCUUGGGCAAGGUCUCCUGGUUGGCAUGGAUUGGUUUAAUCUGUAUCCUCACCGCAAUCUUAAUCGUCACUAUUGCUGUCGGCGUCCAGAACCGCCCUUCAGCCGCGCCGAAGGAGGGUGUCUGGCAUUCCGACUACAAAAUCGUCAAUAGUAGUGCAUCCUUCUCGUCCGCCAUCUCGGCGGUCACCACGAUUGUCUUUGCCUACGCUGGCACCCCGGCCUUCUUCAACAUCGCAUCCGAGAUGCGUGACCCAACCCACUAUAACCGCGCCCUGCUGCUCUGCCAAAGCGUCGUCACGGCUUUCUACAUCACCAUCGGGGUCGUCAUGUAUUAUUUCUGUGGAUCUUAUGUGUCCUCGCCCGCCCUGGGCUCCGGCGGUCCGACCAUCAAGAUUGUCAGCUAUGGCUUUGCCCUACCUGGGUUGAUUGCCAGUACAUUGCUUUUCGUCCACAUAACCGGAAAAUACAUCUUCAUCCGAAUCCUCCAGGGCUCUCGCCACUUGGUCGCCAACACCGUGACCCACUGGUCCGUCUGGCUCGGCUCCACCUUUACCGUCACCGUCGUUGCCUACAUCAUUGCCAGCGCAAUCCCGGUCUUCAGCGACCUGGUCUCGUUGGUGGGUGCCCUGCUAGGCACCCCGAUGUGCUUCCACCCUAUGGCCGGCAUGUGGCUGUACGAUAACUGGCACAAGAGAACCAGUGGUCCCCGGUGGGGAUUGAUGGUUGCAUGGUGUGCGUUUGUCCUCUUAUCUGGAACCUUCCUCAUGGUCGCAGGCACCUACGGGUCGGUGGUGAGCAUCAUUGAUAGCUAUAAAGCAUCUGGAGGCUCGGCCGCGUGGUCAUGCGCCGAUAACUCCAGCUCAUAG